GUUUGACUUUUUUAUCAAAUCGUUCCUAUCUGCGAGCAGAUUUACAGUAAAUUCUGUAAAUAAUGCAUUUUAUUAGAUAUUUAUAGGUGUAACAUAUAUUUAAAAAUAGUUGGCAAUUCUGUUUGUUUUGACGCGUCUAAAGUGCAUCAGUUAAUUUGUAAUAGAGGUCAAUCAAAAAUAAAUCAGACUGGUUUAAAAUGUCGCGAGUACUUGUUGGCGUCAAAAGAGUAAUUGAUUAUGCCGUUAAGAUAAGAGUGAAGCCCGAUAAAAAGGGUGUUGUAACAGAUGGGGUAAAACACUCUAUGAAUCCUUUUGAUGAAAUCGCAGUCGAGGAAGCAGUUCGUAUGAAAGAGAAAAAAUUGGCCUCUGAGAUUGUUGCAGUAUCAUGUGGUCCAACGCAAGCACAAGAAGUUUUAAGGACUGCUUUAGCAAUGGGAGUAGAUCGUGCAAUCCAUGUUGAAGUUCCGCCUGCAGAGUAUGAAACUCUACAACCAAUUCAUGUUUCAAAAAUUCUAGCUAAAAUAGCAGAAGAGGAAAAAGUUGAUUUUAUAAUUCUUGGCAAACAAGCAAUUGAUGAUGAUGCUAAUCAAACUGCACAGAUGACUGCCGCCUUACUGGAUUGGCCUCAAGCAACAUUUGCUUCCAAGAUUGAGAAAGAAGGUGACAAACUUAAAGUAACUAGAGAAAUUGAUGGUGGUCUUGAAGUUGUUGAAUGCAAAAUUCCUACUGUGAUUAGUGCAGAUCUUCGAUUAAAUGAACCACGAUAUGCAACCUUACCAAACAUUAUGAAAGCCAAAAAGAAGCCUCUGAAAAAGGUGGCAGCUAAAGACUUGGGUGUUGAUUUAUCACCUAGAAUUGAAGUUAUAUCUGUAGAAGACCCACCUACCCGACAAGGAGGUACUAUUGUCCCAGAUGUUGAUACAUUAAUUGCUAAGUUAAAAGAAAAGGGACACAUAUAAAUAUCCAGAGAAAAAGUAAACAAAUUUGUACAAAGUAAUUAAUAUCAAAUGUCAUUAAUAAUUGGCCGACUGUUAAUUUUAUAGAUUUUAUGAAUAAAAUGUGAAAACAGCAAUGAUAUAUUAUGAAUGAUAAAAGUUUUUAGUUUCGUUUUUUUGUAUUUAAAUAUAGCCUAAUUACUAUUAAUUCCUAAAUUUUUAUUCAUGUAGAAUUACUUGAAAUACAGAAACAACGUAGAAAUUUA